AUGAGAGGGAAAAAAUGGGACAACAAGGAUGAUAAGGAUGAGGACAACAAGGAUGAGGACCAGGACAAGGACAAGGACAACAAGGACAACAAGGAUGAGGACAACAAGGACAACAAGGAUGACAACAAGGAUGACAAGGAUGACGACAAGGACAACAAGGAUGAGGAUGACAAGGACCAGGACCAGGACAAUGACAAGGACAAGGAUGACAAGGACGAGGAGGAGGAUGACAAUGGGGACGACAAUGAGGAAGAUGACAACAAGGAGGACAACAAGGAUGACAACAAGGAUGACAAUGAGCACGAGGAGGAGGGGAAGGGGUGA